GUUGCUUCUGCUAUCUUUAUAUGCGUACACACUGCCUGGCUAGCGCACCGCAACUCUGUCCCAGCCUCCCCUCAUGGCUUGCUGCAAGCUCUUCUCCAUCAUGUUGCUGGCCGCAGUCCUCGCCGCCGGCCCGGCGGUGGCGGCUGCGACGUCGGCACACCUGCACUUUUACAUGCACGACGUGACGGGCGGGCCGUCACCGACGGCUGUGCGGGUGGUCAACGGCCCGCGUGGCUACUUCGGCAACACGGUGGUCAUCGACGACAAGCUGACCGAGGGCACAUCGCAAUCGUCGGCCACCGUGGGCCGCGCGCAGGGCUAUUACAUGGUGGCGUCGGUGGCCAACCUGGAGCUCUUGGUGAACAUGAAUGUGGUGCUCACGUCGGGGCCAUACGCCGGCAGCUCGCUUACGGUCCUGGGGCGCGACGACAUCGGCACGCCGCUGCGGGAGCUCUCGGUGGUCGGCGGCACGGGGCAGUUCAGGAUGGCGCGUGGCUACGUGCUGUGGAAGACGAUCACCCCUGAGAUUCUGGACCUCGAGAUCUUCGUCAAUCCUUGAUCAAGACUGCUAGGCAAAGCAAUGCUGUGAUCCUGCUUGGACGAUGGUGAAAUUGCCUAGGCGUGUCAGGUGUAACGUGUAUUUGGUUGGUUGUACCAUUUGAAUUGAUUUAUGUAUGAAAUGAUUCAAAAUAAUAAUGUGGUUGGUUGUAUCAUUUAAAUUGAUUUAUGUAUGAAAUGAUUCAAAAUAAUAAUGAUCAUUUUGUUUGGUUGGGUGAA